GGGAUUCAAUACGCCUUGAUAUAGUACGUUUUUAUGAUCCGCCCUUGGUUGGGAUUGGCCCUGGGACUGGCAGCGUCUCUUGUUGCCUGUUUUGUGGCUGGUGCUUACUUUCAACAUAGACAUGCCACACGUCGGCUGCAACAGUUGGUGCAACAGGAUCCAUAUGCCUACUAUAUCAGUCCAAAGAUCUUUAAUGCCUUUUGUUUCUUUGCCGAACAGAAUGGGGAAGUGCAUCGUGUGCGAAGGAUUAUGAAAUAUGGUUUUCCAGGAUUAGAUGAUGUGAGGAUUUAUAGCGAUUUUGUGCUCUCCUAUGAUCGUCGCAAUCGUGUCGCACAUUGGGUCUGUGAGCAUUUGCAACAAUCGAAUUUGCUGAGGCAACCGGGCGUGGGUCGUGCUAGUGCCACCUACCGGCCAGAUUUGAGUGUACCAUCCACUUUUCGUGCAGCCCUCGCGGAUUAUCGGCACUCGGGCUUCGAUCGUGGUCAUUUAGCGGCCGCUGGAAAUCAUUGCAGUCAUCAGUUGCAUUGCAAUGAAACCUUCUUCUUGACCAACAUUGCGCCACAAAUUGGCCAAGGCUUUAACAGCGGUGCCUGGAACAAACUGGAAACCUAUGUGAGGCACUUAACUCAGCGUUUCGGCUCCGUCUACGUGUGCACGGGUCCGCUCUACAAGCCCAGGCAACAGAGUGCUAACAAAUGGAGCCUGGAAUACCAGAUGAUCGGUUCCAAUAUGGUGGCUGUGCCAACGCAUUAUUUCAAGGUGAUCACGAUUGAGUCAAAGCUACCACUAGGUAAACCCUAUAUGGAAGCCUAUGUGCUACCAAAUUCGCCUAUACCCCAAAAGCUGACACUACGCGACUUUCUCUGCGACAUCCGGGAGAUAGAACAUUAUGCGGGUCUUCAGUUCUUUGAUGGACUGCGACGAAGUGCGAUCUUUGGCAGCAACUUUCCCAGUGAAUCCCAGGUUUUUAGAGAUUUUUUAUAAAUUUAUUGUGUAGAAAAAAUAAAAGGAAUA